CUGCUGAUUUUUAUUGAACAGCGAAAAGUCUUCGGGAGCAGAGCUUCAAUUGCGACGUGACAAAUACAAUCGGUUGACUUGCACUUUCGUGUACUUCAGGCCAUUAAAAAAAGCGCAACAACAGUGGUAAAAACAGUUAAUCUGCUACAUUUCCUGCGACGCAGUUCCGAGUGAUUCUCCGACUCUUCAAAAUGCGCACAGCUGUGUUGCUGCCUCUUUUGGCCCUGCUGGCGGUGGCCCAGGCCGUUUCCUUCGCCGACGUUAUCAAGGAGGAAUGGCAUGCGUUCAAGUUGGAGCACCGCAAGAACUACAAUGACGAGACCGAGGAACGCUUCCGCCUGAAGAUCUUCAAUGAGAACAAGCACAAGAUCGCCCGGCACAACCAGCUGUUUGCCCAGGGAAAGGUGAGCUUCAAGGUGGCGGUCAACAAGUACGCCGAUAUGCUGCACCACGAGUUCCGCUCGGUAAUGAACGGCUUCAACUACACGCUGCACAAGGAGCUGCGCGCCGCUGAUGAAAGCUUCAAGGGAGUGACCUUCAUCUCGCCCGCCCAUGUCACGCUGCCCAAAUCCGUGGACUGGCGCACAAAGGGCGCUGUGACCGCAGUUAAGGAUCAGGGACACUGCGGCAGCUGCUGGGCCUUCUCCAGCACGGGCUCGCUGGAGGGUCAGCAUUACCGCAAGGCCGGAGUGCUGGUCUCGCUCUCCGAGCAGAACCUCGUCGACUGCUCCACCAAGUAUGGAAACAAUGGAUGCAACGGCGGUCUCAUGGACAAUGCCUUCCGUUACAUCAAGGACAAUGGCGGCAUCGAUACCGAGAAGUCGUACGCCUACGAGGCCAUCGAUGAUUCGUGCCACUUCAACAAGGCCACCAUCGGAGCCACCGACCGCGGAUUCGUCGACAUUCCCCAGGGCGAUGAGAAGAAGAUGGCGGAGGCUGUGGCCACCAUCGGACCCGUUUCCGUGGCCAUCGAUGCCUCCCACGAGUCCUUCCAGUUCUACUCCGAGGGCGUCUACAACGAGCCCGCCUGCGACUCCCAGAACCUCGACCACGGCGUCCUGGUUGUUGGCUUCGGCACCGAGGAGACUGGCGAGGACUACUGGCUGGUGAAGAACUCGUGGGGCACCACCUGGGGCGACAAGGGCUUCAUCAAGAUGCUGCGCAACAAGGAGAACCAGUGCGGCAUCGCCAGCGCCUCCAGCUAUCCGCUGGUCUAAUCCGGAACUGAUGUAUUUUAGCCACAGCCUUCAUAUGAUAUGAUAUACAAACAAAAACACACCAACGCAAGCAUCUCAAAAAGGAACUUUAAUAAUUUAGCCCAACCUCAUAUCUUAAUUUCGUAUUGGGUCCAUUUAAAUCAUGUAUCUCUGCCAUCAUGUACGAUAUAGAUGAAUAACUGAUAUGUUGAUGUUUGUAGAAAAAUAAAUAAAAAGUAUAUAAUUUUAA